AUGGCGUCAUUUAUUGCGAAAACACUUGUGGGCAAUGAGUUUGAUAAAGUGAUGAAAGGGAUCGGCCUCGGCGACAACGACAAUAAUCCAGUUAACAGCGAUGUGUCAUCAGAUGAUUUACUUGCUGCACAAGCUAAACGUGAUGCCGACGAUAAACAAUGUAAAGCAAAGCAUGCUGAAAGCGAACGACAACGUGAAGAAGUUCGACAAAAAAUACGAGAUAAAAAAAAAGAUGACAAAUCAAGAUCACCCACACAUUCACCAAAAGCUACGUCGUCACAUAAAAAACAAACGACAACAGUUGAAACGAGAACUGUACCAUCGGCUGCAACUGCGCAAAACAACACUGGUAAGUAUAAAGUUGUGUUUUGUAUUGAUUUUAGAAGAAAGCAGUUUGUUGCAAUUAGAAUGAAGAUGUAUUCUACACUCUCCCUGAUCGUUCCUUAUCGUUCAUUUUCACAGGUUUCGAUCUGACAAAGAUAACAACAAAUGCAUUCAACAGUUUCAAAGAGAAAUUCAGUUGGAAAUAGCGGAUGAAUGGACGAAUCACGAACAGACGCAAUAUCAAGUUCUCCUCAUCAUCUUUAUAUCCAUAUAUUCAAAACUGUGUUACCUGUUGAUUUCAAACUCGAUUUUUUGCAUUUCAAGAAAUUCAUUUACUGCAGUUUCGAUACUUGUGUACGAAAUUGAAUUUUUCUCGCAGGCUGAAGCGAUUCUUUUAUCAACACAAAGGACACGACACUUUCUGCGCACUUCUGUUUUUCUUAUCUUCUUUCUCGAAAUAUAGUUAAAUAAUCUGUACAUUUUAGUUCGACAUAUACCAUUCAUAUCACCUAGCCCCUAAAAGAAACUUUGUUCCAGACUUCUAUUUCUAAACACUCGGCUAUAACAAUGUCUGAGAACGAGGUAAAUUUAAACGCUUUAUUAUCUGUACCUGCUGGUGUUUUUUGCAGUUUUCGAACGCUAAAAAUUUACUUAACAAGUUGUUUUUAGCUCAAUACAACUUGUUAUUUGAAUCUUUGACAAUGAUAAAGGCAGUAGAAGACUUUAGCGUAACUUGAGUCUAAACCCAGUGACAGAAAUUAGAUUUUGCUAAAAGAAAUCAUAAUAUGACUUGACGAUGCUGACGGCGACAAUCGGGUCUAUUGCUAGGUUACUUCAGGAUUUUCUUUCAGAUCCGUUCAAAACUAUAGUGAUAAAGUUGUUUUUCCUGCGGGUUGAUUUAUAACGUCAUUUUUGAGAAGAGAAUUUAUUUCUCUCACAUAUAGUCUAUUGUUUUUUAACUUCGUUUGUCAUUGUGCUGUGAGCUAUCAAAAUUCAUUCGGGAUCCAAUACAUCACUGUUUGCUCCUUUCUUUAAAAAGAAAACGAGUUUGAUUCAUCCUUCUAAAAAGAAAAGUUAAUAUUAUGCUUUCAAUACGUUUGAUUAAGCAGCCUACCUUACAAGUUGUUUUGCAAAUUUUUUUCUAAAUGAAUGAAUCAAACUCGUUUUCUUUUUAAAGAAAGGAGCAAACAGUGAUGUAUUGGAUCCUGUUACGCCCCGUAAUCACCCAGCGAGAUGUUAUAUCACGACAGAACGGAAAAAGACCACUGCCCGACUGAGGAAUUGAACCCC